AUGAGAAGAACAACAUGUUCUUCCCAAAGACUUUCUUUAAUAAGAUCGUCCCAUUACACAACAACAACAACAACAACAUCAAAGUCAAUGAAAGAAAAGAUUGUUAUGGGUAUAGAAACAAGUUGUGAUGAUACUAGUGUUGCCAUUGUCAAAGGAGAUAGAACCAUUCUAUCACAAUGUGAUAUUGCACAAUGGGAUAUUCAUCGAAAGUUUGGUGGCAUUGUACCAAAGUUGGCAAAGGAAUCACAUGAAAAGAAUAUAGAUCGUGCAAUAGAAUGUGCAUUAAAAGAUGCAAACAAGAGCAUAGAAGAAAUAGAUGCAAUUGCUGUUACAAUGGGUCCUGGUAUUGCAUUUUCUUUGGAUGUUGGUUUGGAAAAGGCAAGACAAUUGGCAAAGAAACAUUCUAUACCAUUCCUUGGUGUAAAUCAUCUCGAGGGUCAUUGUCUUACUUGUAGACUCUCUGAUGAAGGUGCUCACGUUCAAUUUCCAUUUUUGGUUCUUCUUGUUAGUGGUGGUCAUACUCAAUUGUUGAUUUGUCAUGCUGUUGGACAAUACACUCAAAUUGGUAAUACUUUGGACGACUCUGUGGGUGAGGCUCUCGAUAAGGCCGCACGUCUUCUUGGUUGUGAAUUUGGUGAAUUACACGAUGGAGAAAAACUAUACAAGAAUAUACACGGAGGUGAAGCAAUAGAAAUAUUGGCAAAAAAAGGAAAUCACAAAGGAUAUACACUACCAAUCCCAAUGGUAUCAUCUUUAAACUGUGAUUUUUCUUUUUCUGGUCUAAAAAGUCAUUUAAAAAAAACAAUAGACUCUUUAAAAGAAAAAAAUCAACAACAACAACAACAACAACAACAACAAGAAGAACAAGACAAUACAACAAAUGACAACAAACUACAGUUGGUUGGAGGUUUGACAAAUCAACAAAGAUAUGAUCUAGCUGCAUCCUUUCAGUUUACUGUAUUUAUGCACCUAGUUAAAAAGACUGAACGUGCCUUUGAUUGGUAUAUACAUAAUACCAACAAAACAAUCUCUCAAGCUACCUCUGUUCCUUCAAAAAAAUCAAAAUCAUCUAAUCAAAAUAAUAAUCAAAAUAAUAAUAAUAAUAAUAAUCAAAAUAAUGGAUCACAUGGAGAUGUUUUAUUAUCUCCACCUACAUGUUUGGUAGUUACUGGAGGAGUAUCAAAAAAUCAAAUGCUUAGAAAAUUUUAUCAAGAGAUAUCUAGCUUUUAUAAACUCCCUGUGGUGUUUCCCAAUCCAUCACUGUGUACUGACAAUGGAGCAAUGAUAGCGUGGGCAGGUAUUGAAAUGCUCAAAGAAGAUCUUAAUAUUGAUCCAGAUGAUGCCUUUUAUAUUCCUGUUUGGCCACUAGACCCAUCACCACCAACACUUUUUGCAACCAACCUCACAAACGAAACUAUUAAUCAGAGAAAGAAAUGGUUCACUGAUACUGUAGAAAAAUAUAGCCCUACUGGCCAACUUCCUUUACCCUUGAAACAAAAAUUACAACAAAACAACAACAAGAAAUAA